AUGCCUCCAGAUCCGAGCAUGAUCACAAAGCUUUUGCAGCAGGCCGAAGUGGCCUCGGCCCAGCUAGGAAGCACACAAUCAAAGCUAAGUCUCAAUAAAGCCACUAAGGUCUCAAAGCGGGCCACAACCACGAUCACAACCACGGCCACAGCAGUCCCCCCACCGGUGCUUCCAGAAGAGGAGGAGCACGGCGAUGUCAUGACAUCAACGAUGGAGCACCUUCUGCGAAACCGGGGAUAUGAGUAUCUCACUGAACAGAAUGAGUUAGCCCAAAAGAGCAAAGAGGACGCCCGCAUUCUAGUUGAGCAAGGGGCGAAGGAGUUUUUCUAUGGCAAAGAUCUUCCGCCGAUCAGCUUAACGCAAGACCCGGAACGCUACGUCAACAAGGUUUUAUCAGAUAACUCAGCGUUUUACUCGAACAUCAGAGAGUCGUCUAUCACCAACAAAGGCAACACUAAACCAGGCUGCACUUUAGAGAACACUGUAAGGAAAUGCAGCUCUGUUUUAUCUGAUGCAUCGAGCAACCCUGACACAGUCUCAGCGAGCGGCACAACAGGAUCUACUCAUACAGGAAGGGCUUCUAAAGAACCAGGCGCAGUCAGGCAACGCAAUCAUCGCACACUCGCUACGUCUCUUAAUAUCGUACAGAAACUGCUUAACGAACCAGUCACUCGAAAGCAGUCUAUAUUUACACUUUCUCAGCGCCACUUCCUCACAGCAGACUUCCUCAUGGGCGACAUAAUCGAUGCUUUAGCAUCUGACUCCCGUGAGAUGCGAGGUGCAAUGGAGAUGGCCAGGAAGAUCUACACCUCAGCUUAUUCAGAUAACAAGUGUGGAGACUUUCUGCUGUCGGCGGAAAUAGUACGCCUGAAGCAGGAGUUACACGAAACAAAAAUAGCAUUAGAAAAGCAGAGACAACGGGCAAUUGUCUUGCUCACAGCCAUGGAUGACCGGCGCAAGCUGGACCAAAAGAGAGCAGAAGAAACCGUCAAGAAGGUGGAGGAGCAGAGGGCCAUAGAGGUCAAUGCUGCAAUGCAGCGGACUCGUGACUACGGUGAGCAGGUGCGUAUACUGCGGGCUGUCAUUGAAGCAAUUAAAAAUGACCAGCAAGUGAAGGAAGUAGAGACCCUCAAGCAGAACCUGGAUUCCUCGCGUGCGCUUACCAGGGAGUUGGAAGGCAAAAACGUGCAGCUCAUGGAAUCUCUUCAAACACUGCAGGCAGCGUACAGCGAUCUUCAGAUGGAGCAUCAAGAGGCUGGAGCUGUAAUAAUGCAGCUGAGAGCAGAGCUAAAGGCUGCUAACAACGAGAGGGAGUACUGUAAGGGUUGUUCGAGUAGGAUCAUAGAGAGGUCCAAAUACGUCGGUUCUGAGAUAACUAAUCGCGUAGAGAGGCUGGAAGCUGUCAGUGCCAUACUCUCUGGACUGCAGGUCAAUAAGGAAAAGCUUCAGAUGUCUAUUGAUAACCCAGGAGUGUCAGAGUAUCUCUACGAAAAAGAGAAAGUAGUGUCUUCCUUCUUCGAUGAUUUAAGGGCAGCGGAGAAAGAGAAGCUGCACCUCCUGCAGCAGGAGCCGCCUGAUGCUCAAGCCGAGCAUCCCGAAGGACAGAACAAAGGGGCCUCUGUCGUCGACAGAGUAGACGAGUCGUAUUACCUUAUUGAUCUCAGCAAGUUGGCACGCUCACUCUGUCUUAUAGAAAUGCGCCUGGAAGCGGCGCCAAAGCUUCAGCAGUUAGACGAUGAAAUAACUGCUCUGCGGUACGAAAACAACAGGCUCAAGAACGUUGAGCAAGAGCUCACCGAGCUAAGGAAGGUAUACCGAUCUGUUAUUUCUCGCACCCAGGCUAUAGAGCCCAAGGCUUCGGGUGCUGACACAGAAGCGGACCCCAAGGGGGACUCUACAAAGGAAACUCAGGGCGCUUCAGCCGGAAAGAUAGAGGGGUCGCACUUAGCAUCAGCUCAGAACCAAGGUAUCUACGAGAACUCUGUGACUCUUCUGCGCGAGCAGCCCUUGCAACUGCUUAUAUCUAAAAAUUUCAAGAUACAGCUAGUAGAAAGAGAAGACAGAGACAAGGAGGGAUCAGAGCUUACAACAACACCAAACUACGUCUCCGCGGUUAUUUUGAGCUUUCUCCGACACCUCUGCAUGUCCUCUUUCACAUCAGAUACGUCGAUGUGCCGCCAGCUGACCGGGCGGUGCAUGCCAAAAGCCGAUGGCACACCCUAUCCAACGACUUAUCCCAUACAGGCACUCUUUACGGGCUGGGUUCAUGCGCAGUAUCACAUCGUUCCAGAAGAUAGGAGGCAGUUUGAGGUCGAGCUACUUGUCAACAAGGUUUCUUGCUGUCUACAAGCCUUUCAAUCUCUCACAUCAGACAUCUUUAUUGAAGACGAGUCAAUGCUGCUCUCCCUCGGCUCCCUACUAUUAAACACCUCCAUCAGCGCAGACGAGGUGAGUUUCUUGAUAUACAUUACCAUUCUAACACACGGUGGCCUUCCAGACGCCCACCCUGUGCUUCUCCCUCACCUGGAGAAAGACGUAAAGAUAACCACAGCGUACAUCUCCCUAAAACGAGCAAUUAAUAUUAUUCUUGCUACUGUCUCCAAAACUAUUCAGAAGGGCUUUAUCGAGUUCUUUAUCCAUCAAGGCCGGUCGACAUCGCUGAUAAAAGACGUCACGCUGGCCGACAUCUCCUCUGGGAGGGUCUUCGUGGUCGACGUAUACGAAAACCUGGAUGGGGAUGACCUUUAUGACGCGGACAUUCGUGAGAUUUUUGCAGCCAACAAGGACUACUUCAGCGAUACUGGAGCGGCGUCCUCCGCUACCGUUGGACUUUCCUCAAGUGUGGCAUCACCCAUCAAGAACCUACGGAACCGUGACGAUCUAACACGAGUCUCCAUCAUUAACGCAAACUUCUUUUUGCUGUCCAUGCUCAAGGCCUACCGGACAGAGGUUAUGACGCGCCUUGAAGCUACCAGACUGAUGUAUGCGGGAAGUCUUCUGGAGACCUCUACAUUGUUGCGCUCUUCUAAGAUGACCGCUCUUCCGGACACCAUGAAAUUCAGGAUUGUGAGGGAGAUAAUAAGGAUGAUUAACCCCAUCUGUGACGAUAGCAUGAUUGAUGCUGCUUAUUUGGAUGUCAUUUGGAGGAGCCCGAGCGCCAACUGGAGCAUCCUUGUCGACGCGUGCAAAACACGUGGCGUGUUUGCAAGCGCAUUGAAGUUCCCGCCCAUCGAGGUCAUGAUGCCUUUGGUGGGAGGCUACUAUACAGGUGCUACAAACCCUGGGCUGUCAUCUAACCCGGGUGUUGCUCCAGCAAGCAUAGCGGCGUAUGCAAAUGACUACGAUACUAUACUAAGCCAAGCAAGAAGCCUUUUUGACAAAGCAAAAGUGGCCCUUCUGCACCUGUCCAGCGCAAUGGGAACGGAAUCGGCUGUUUGCACCAGGUCCAUUAUUCAGGAAGUAUCAAACAUAGAGAGGACAGCGCUUACGUUUGACAAUUUAGGCCUUGUCAUUAGUGCCCUCAAAGCAACCCUGCUCUAUGCAGUAGAGCUAUCCUUCUCCGUCAUUUCUGCCUGUGGAAGAGACUAUGGAAUAGAGUCUCUGUCUGUGCGUAAAUCCCUUGCAGAAGGCAAGGGCGUGUCUCUUCGCAAGGUGGCCCGACAGCCGACAGAGAUAUGGAUCGACAGCCUUUAUUACCUCACAGGGGCCCUUGCAGCCUCCUUGGGGUGGGAGACGGACUCCGGCAUGUGCGUGGCGAGCAUGUCUAUGAAACGGAAGCUAUCAUCUCGUGGAGAGUCGCGGGCGUAG